AUGGAGAUGUUGGGCACAAAGGUUUUCAAGGCAACUCUGGAUGGGCGCGUGUUGUGGGACCUCCGAGGCGGCAAGGACAUGCACCGGUCCAUGUGGGAGAUACCGGUGCUGCCAUGGAAGGAGGCGGCAGUGCGCUUGGCUGCUGGAGAUGUGAGAGGAGGGCGUGUUAACCACGUGGACAAUGGAGGAGGUGGUGAUGACGGUGAUGGUGGGCUCCUUGGGCAUGAAGGGGCUGCGCUACCAAGUGUAACUCCUAGCACGGAGGUAACGGAGGUGUCACAUGACUUGGGAGGUGUUGAAGGGGAGGCAGCAGAGGUAGAGGGAGUGUUGCAGCAAGUAAAGGCCCUUGUAGCUGAGAGAGGUGAUGCCGAGGAGGAGGUGCAGCAGCCUACACCAUCCCCUACACUUCCACCAAGGCGGACAACCCAAGGGAAGCGUGGUGCUGUCCGUGGUGGAGCUAAGGAAGGUGCAGCCAAGGAGAGGCCCAAGAGAGCUGCUCACCCAAGGGAUUUCCUCAAGUAUGAAAGACUUGGGGGUCCCAAGGCAUUGCUGGUCCAGGAGGAGGAAGAUGAUGAGGAGAAGGGAGCCGAGGGAGAGAUGGAGCAGAUUUGUUGCUUCGGUGUCAACUUACCUCAUGAACCGGCUUCAAUGGAGGAAGCACUUGCUGGAGAUGAUCGAGAGGCUUGCACCAUCCAUCCCGCCUCUGUCCUCGCCUUCUUUCCCCUAUCUGAGCAGUUUCCAUCCGUCCUACGUCCUCUCCUUCUUUCCCCUAUCGGAGCACCUUCCGUCUCUCCUCUGUCCUCGCCUUUCUUCCCCUAUCGGAGCACCUUCCGUCUCUCCUCUGUCCUCGCCUUUCUUCCCCUAUCGGAGCACCUUCCGUCCCUCCUCUGUCCUCGCCUUUCUUCCCCUAUCGGAGCACCUUCCGUCCCUCCUCUGUCCUCGCCUGCUUUCCCCUAUCGGAGCAUCUUCCGUCCCCCCUACUCCCUAUCACAUCAUUGCUUUCCCUCGUGCCAGCACGUCCCUUCCCGCAUUGCUUCCCCCUCUGUCAGGCCCUCCCUUAGCACCUCUCUCGGUCCCCCCGCACCGCAUCUCCCUUCCCCCUCACUAAGCAAGUCUCUCGUUGGGAAAGGACCUCAUCCCCCUUCCCUCUCUCACAGCACCUCCUUAGCCACUCUCAUCGCAACUACCACCCCCCCCCCCCCCCCCCCCCCCCGAACUUACCUUUCUUCCCCUUCAUGCUUACCCCCCACCCUUCCCCCUCUCACAGCACCUCCCUUCCCCCCCUCACAGCACCUCCAUUCCCCCUCUCACAGCACCUCCCUUCCCCCCCUCACAGCACCUCCCUUCCCCCCCUCACAGCACCACCCUUCCCCCCCUCACAGCACCUCCCUUCCCCCCCUCACAGCACCUCCCUUCCCCCUCUCACAGCACCUCCCUUCCCCCUCUCACAGCACCUCCCUUCCCCCUCUCACAGCACCUCCCUUCCCCCCUCACAGCACCUCCCUUCCCCCCCUCACAGCACCUCCCUUCCCCCCCUCACAGCACCUCCCUUCCCCCUCUCACAGCACCUCCCUUCCCCCUCUCACAGCACCUCCCUUCCCCCCCUCACAGCACCUCCCUUCCCCCCCUCACAGCACCUCCCUUCCCCCUCUCACAGCACCUCCCUUCCCCCCCUCACAGCACCUCCCUUCCCCCCCUCACAGCACCUCCCUUCCCCCCCUCACAGCACCUCCCUUCCCCCUCUCACAGCACCUCCCUUCCCCCCCUCACAGCACCUCCCUUCCCCCCCUCACAGCACCUCCCUUCCCCCCCUCACAGCACCUCCCUUCCCCCUCUCACAGCACCUCCCUUCCCCCUCUCACAGCACCUCCCUUCCCCCCCUCACAGCACCUCCCUUCCCCCUCUCACUGCACCUCCCUUCCCCCUCUCACAGCACCUCCCUUCCCCCCCUCACAGCACCAUCCUUACCCCCUCUCAGCACCCUGCCAUGUUUUAUUUCCCCCUCUCACAACACAUUCAUACCCCCUCUCAUCACACCUAGGAUCACCCCUAUGA